AUGAAAUAAAUACCACUAUAAAUUUAAAAGAAUUCAAAAAUGUAUAUGAUCAAUAGAAUUAUGAAGUUAAUUGGUGGCAGAAUAUUAAUGUUAAUUCAUCAGCAAUUACUACUUUGGGUAAGUGAUUGUUAAUUAAUAAUAUAAGAGUAUUGAAAUAGAGAUUACAUGUUAUACAUACGAUAUUUUAAUUAUCAAUAAAAUGAAUGGAAUUUUAAGUCAACAAUCUUUAAGAUAUUAUGGAAGUAAAAAUUAAUUUGGGUUAAUAAAACUAGAAUAAAUAUUGAAAUACAAAAUUUUUAGUUAUUAAGAAUCUUUUUAUCAAAACUAUAAUCAAUUUUUAAAGGAUUAGGUUAAUAAGGAAUUUUAGGUUUUUUUAAGGGUUAGGAAUUGGAAUGGUCUAUUAAAUAACAAAUUCUUAGUUGAGAUAUUUUUAUUUUAAAUGUACUUUAAGAAAUAGAAAUUCAUCCAAAUUUUGUAUGCUUCAUUAGUUGGAAUGGUUAUAGAUGUAUUUAUAAAUCAAUUAAUACUCAUAUAAUCUAAAAUGAUAUACUAAAACAGAUUACCAAAUUAAGAACUUAUAUAUAUCAAAUCUUGA